AUGAUAAUUUAUUGUCUCUCUUAUCUUAUUAUAAUAAAUGCUCAAUGUAUUCAGAAUGCUUAUCUUUAAAUUCCUACUUCUAUAGAAAAAUAAAAAUCUGAAACUGAAAUCAUAAUAAGAUUAGAAGGAGAAUAUAUAAUUGGUUAUGGAGAGGAUUUUAAAAUUAAUGAUAAAUCAAAGAUACAAAUUCUUUAAUCCUCAUUAAUAUUUGGACCAUCAAAUUUUGAGAUUUAUUGUCCAGCUAUUCAUAUGAUACCAGAUGAAGAAGAAGCAAAAUGUGAAAUAAUAGUAAAUAUGUAUCAAAUUAAUACAACAGAAUUAGAAAACAUAACAUAUGCUUAACUUGUAAUUCCUGUUGAAACUAAUAAUGAUAUAAGAGAGAAUCCUACUCUUUAAAUAUAAAAUAAUUUCUAAUUAAGAUUAGUUGAUUUAGCAGAACAAUUGAAAGAUGUUGAUUAUUUUGUAUAAUAUGAGAAUUGUGGUAAAAAGAUCUUUAUUUUAUCUGAUUCUUUACCAAUAACAGCUGAACAAAUUCUCAUAUUAUAAAAUUAUUCUAAAUCUUUACAACCUAAAGCAUAAAUUGAACCAUUAAUUCCAUUAAUUAAAGGACUAAUAAAGGUAGAAAAUUAUACUGUUGACAAAAGAUCAACAAUACAUUUAUUUGCAUUAUUUACAAUUAUUUGUGGAGUCAUUUUAUUAGCUUGUAUUAGAGCUUUUAAGAAAAGAAGUGAAGAAAAAUAAACUUAAAAUGAUGAAUUACUUGAUCAAUAAGAAUUAAAAGUUUUUAAAUGA